GCCCCCAGCGGCUCGGUUGCCCGGCUCCGUGGUCCCCGGCUCGGCGGCGGUGGCGGUGGCGGCGGCGGCGUCUCCUCCGUGGGGAGGCGCGCGGGGCCAUGACGUCAGCGUCCACCAAGGUCGGAGAGAUCUUCUCCGCGGCGGGCGCCGCCUUCACGAAGCUCGGGGAGCUGACGAUGCAGCUGCAUCCAGUGGCCGACUCUUCCCCCGCGGGUGCCAAGUGGACGGAGACGGAGAUAGAGAUGCUGAGGGCUGCCGUGAAGCGGUUUGGGGACGAUCUUAAUCACAUCAGCUGUGUCAUCAAGGAACGGACAGUGGCCCAGAUAAAAGCCACCGUGAAGCGCAAGGUAUACGAAGACUCCGGCAUCCCUCUUCCAGCUGAGUCUCCCAAGAAAGGACCCAAGAAGGUGCCUUCCGGUGUCUUGUCACCUCCUCCAGCUGCCCCUCUGCCAAGCAGCUCCAGUGUCUCUGAGGCCGGGGGUCCCCCCGUAAAGAAACAGAAGGCCGAUGUGACACUCAGUGCUCUGAACGACUCGGAUGCCAACAGCGACCUGGUGGAUAUUGAAGGGCUGGGAGAAACUCCUCCAGCCAAGAAACUCAACUUCGACCAGGACAGCCUGACCCUGGAUUCUGGCCUUCUCAUGACCUCUGCUGACCCUCCUCUACUCUCUCGCUGAGCCUCCCACCUCUGACCCCUCUCACUGUUCCCCCUGGACCUGUGGAUCGCCCGGGACUCUGAGCAAGCCUGCACGAGAGGGACAGUCACAAGGCUGCUGGGGCCAUACCAGCCACGCCGUUCCUGUACGCGCAUCUGCCCCUGAACCCCUCUGACCUCCACCUGAUGGACUUUUUUAUACAGAAAACAAUAAAGAUUGCCCUUUCCGCCUGG